AUGCCUCAUAUAUCAAAAAGACGAAACCAAAUAAAUAAUUUAUCUAGAAAAAAGGGUCACUUCAUAACCCAAGAUGAAACACAAGAAGUUACUGAAGUGCAAAAUGAAUCUACAUUAAGAAUGGGCAAGGAAGAUGAAAUUGGCACCCUAUCAGUAAAAAGAGUAUAUUUCAAAGAUUCAAGAACUACGAUCUGGAGUAAUAUGUUAUUCGAUACUGAAGCAUCAAUUAACAUGUUACUUGAUGCAGAAGUAUCAAGUAACAUGUUACUUAAUACUGAAGCAUCAAGUAACAUUUUACUUGAUACUAAAGCAUCAAGUAACAUGCUACUUGAUGCAGAAGCAUCGAGUAACAUGUUGCCCAAUGAUGAAGCAUCAAAUGACACAUUACUUGAUGCUAAAGCAUCAAGUAAUAUAUCAUUAUUACAAUCAUCCCAUAAGACUCUACAAAGCCCUUCAUCACCUACUGAUACUGCUUCAAUCCUAUGUAUACGUUUAGAUGAUAUUAAUAAACAAUGUCAGAUAAAAAAAUUAUCAAAAAGCAGACACACAAAGGAUAUAAUCUCUAAGAAAACAUGUCAUACUUAUAUGUAUGCAUUAGGAUAUAAGUAUGAUGAAAGAAAAAAGGGUGUGUAUUAUGAUGGACACGAAUGGCUAGAUGUGGUAAUAGUGGAGCCUGAGCUUGAAUAUGGUAAAAAGGAGUCAGUACAAGUGAUACAUGAUGAAUAUCACUUUUAUGCAAAUGAUGGGCAACAUAAAAUUUGGACCAGAAAGGAUGAGGAUGUUCUGUGUUCAAAACAUAUAGGAUAUUCCAUAAUGGUUUCUGCUUUCGUAUACCCAUGGCAUGGAUUGUUACAGUUGUCAAAAGAGCAGUUCUUGGCUAAUCCACAUAUCAAGUAUAGAGAUGCUUUUGUUGACUGCUUUGUACAAGAAGAUGGAUAUUGGAAAUCAGAGCAUAUUAAAAAUGAGUUAGAAGAUUUGGACUGCUAUGCAUGGAAAAUUAUAUUAUUACAACCAGAUUUCUGUGAACAACUUUCAUUAUUGGAAGAAGCAAUUGCUAAAAAGGGUUAUAUUUUCGAACAAUAUCCGAAGUUCCAUUGUGAAUGUAACUUCAUUGAACAGUAUUGGGGCUUUGUAAAAUAG